AUGCAUCUCAGUCUUAUCGUCAUUGCUCUUUUCGUAUUUGUCACUGUAAUUCAAGCAGCAAGCCUUGAGGCCCGUAGUGCCAAAAAAUCUGGUCACGCUACCUUUUACAGCGUUAAUAAAUCAGGAAAACCAUCCUGUGGUGGAGAUGCCGAUAAUGACGAUAUGGUAGUUGCUCUUUCUAAGCAUCGUAUGGGUAAAGGGCACAAGAAGCCUUGUGGUGAAAAAAUCAAGGUUCAUGGCGAACGAGGUUCUGUUACUGUCAAGGUUGUUGAUACCUGUCCAGAAUGUGACAAAAACGAUAUUGAUCUCUCUCCUGCUGCCUUCAAGAAGAUUGCACACAAAAAAGACGGCCGUGUGAAGGUCAAGUGGUCUUUUUAA